CACUGGCAGUUUUUCGUUUUGUUCUACCGCCCGUCGCGAGUUCACGCGACGAAAGCGUUCUUUUCUCAUUGUACACGUUUGUUUCAUAUCUAAGUAUAAUAAAGUUUCUUUUCUCUCACUCACCACAUGUUAUUUCAAUAAUAACUCACAACAGAACUAAUUUAAAUAUUACUUAGCCCUGUCCACGCGCAUCAUGCGUGAAAUGUAACGCAACAUUAAGAUUCAAAGUUAAUUGCAGAUUUUUCACUUUUGUACGCCCAAACGUGAAAUUUAAGAUAUGAUGUCGUGGCUAAAGGAAUGCAUUUUGAACUGGUUUCAAUUCCUAGUUUUAAGGGUCAUUAAGACUGGCGAAAUACCUAAACACGUGGCAUUUAUCAUGGAUGGUAACAGACGUUAUGCGAAGAAACAGAACUUGACGAUAGCAGAGGGACACUUAAAGGGGUACAACAAAAUGAUUGAGAUGUUAUACUUGUGCAGGGAUCUUGGUAUUGUAGAAUUCACAGUUUAUGCAUUUAGUAUACUAAAUUUUAAACGUAGCAAAAAAGAAGUUGAUGAUCUCCUAGACCUUGGCAGGCAGCAGUUCAAGCAUUUCUUGGAAGAGAAGAAAAAAUUGAAGGACGAUGGAAUACGUAUUCGUGUAUUUGGCAAUUUCUCGUUGGUGCCAGAAGAUUUAUGCAAAUUAUUUGCUGAAACUAUGAUUGCUACUAGGGAAAAUAAUAGAAUAAUCAUAAAUUUUGCUGUUGCUUAUACAUCAAGGGAUGAAAUUACUCAUGCAAUUAAGGAUAUGAUACAAGGUGUAAAGGAUACUGAUAUUUUACCAGAAGAUAUUAACGAAGAUCUGAUUACUGAUUGUUUGUACACUUACAAGUCUCCAAAUCCAGAUUUAUUAAUUCGUACUUCCGGAGAAACUCGACUUAGCGAUUUCCUCACGUGGCAAAUUUUCAAUACUUGCAUCUACUUUACUGAAGAAUUGUGGCCUGAAUUCAGUCCAUGGAAUUUUUUUACUGCAAUUUUUUAUUAUCAGAGAUGUUAUUCCAGCUUACAGAAAAAUAGAGACAAUUUGAAACCAAUUAUACAUAAUACUAGAGUAUCCAUGUAUCUUGAUAAGUUGCAUAACAAACGCGACAUGGCAAUAAAAAAAAUAUGUGAGUCAGCAAUUCAAUUGUAGAAAUAAACAUAUAGAUGUAUUUUAUAAAUCUACACAUCUAGAACGUUAAAAAUUUGCUAAGUACAAUCAAAAUGUAAUGUUCCCUGAGGGUUUCAUAUUUAGAAGGUCUCUUCUUCUUAUUUAAUCUGAAAUUAUAAUAUUUAAUCUGAAAUUAG